AUGACCACGAUUGUUCAUGAAUACGACGUCGAAUACAGCGAUGACUGUGGUCAUCAUUGGAGUCCAGCAAGCCUUGACUUCAUUGAACACAACGUGAAGUUUGAAAUGCUGAUAGAGUCAGCACCUAAUGAAAAGCUUUUGAUUGCCACAUCCUACCUCCGACACAACAGAUUUGUCGUUUUGCGCAAUCUUCAAAAGCAGCAUCAAUUUUCUUUAGCGCAAUAUGUGGUCAAAAUUCUAGGCUACAAAGGUUACCGAGUUCUUAGACUCAAGAACUAUUUGCUUCAUUCGACCCUGGCUUCGUCACUGUUACAAAGAACUAACGAUUCUUUAUUAGUUGAUCAAAGUAGCUUCCAGCAGAGUCCGGCGUUUGAAGACGGUUCAUUGCAAGAUGCUCACAUGACAGAAUAUGGCGCCAGCUUUACUUACUCAGUACCUUUACCAAAGCACACCCAUACGUACGAAAACCUAUCUCAUGCGGAACAUGAAGAAGUGAUGAAUCCUGAUUUUGGGAUAAGUUUAAGCCUGAGUGAAGAACUCCAUCAUUCAUCACUUCCUUAUCAAAUACCACUGCCACAUGAAGAGCUGUUUAUUGAAGGAAGUAUCCUUUCUCGGAUUCCUCUCCACUCAAAUACAAGAUUCGGGUUAAUGGAGGAAACCCAAGGUCCUGAAAAUCCAUAA